AUUCAAACAAAAGUUGCAGUACGCAGGGCCAAAAUAGCAACAUCUCUACUUUGAAGGAUAACGGUGCAUGUGAAAAUGCAUUCAAUACUUUGGAUCCUGCCCCUUUUGUUCAAAAUAUGCCCAGGACAUGCUUGGGUGGCAAGUAACGUACUUAUGACGGGACCUAAGGCCUAUCUCACCUACGCAAGAAGCGUGCAGGUGGGUGCACAGAGUGGGAUCGAAGAGUGCAGACACCAGUUUGCGUGGGACAGAUGGAACUGUCCCGACAGCGCGACUCAGCUGAAAGGACUAAAACGCGCCACCAGAGAGACUUCUUUCGUCCACGCCAUCAGUGCAGCGGGGGUCAUGUACACUCUGACCAGGAACUGUAGUCUGGGGGAACUCGAUAACUGCGGCUGUGACGUCUCCAACAAUGGAAAAAUAGGCGGUCGUGGCUGGCUGUGGGGUGGCUGCAGUGAUAACGUGGAUUUCGGAGAGAGGAUUUCCAAACAGUACGUUGACGCGCAGGAGACGGGUCAAGACUCCAGGGCUGCUGUCAACCUGCACAACAACGCAGCUGGACGGCUGGCUGUGAGAGCAACAAUGAAGCGCAUCUGUAGAUGUCAUGGCAUGUCAGAGAGCUGCACUGUCCAAACCUGCUGGACACAGCUGUCAGAUUUCAGAGAAAUCGGCAACUACUUGAAGACCAAACACAGCCAAGCUCAAAAACUGGACAUCGACAAAAAGCGCAUGCGGGCUGGCAAUAGCGCGGACAACCGUGGUGCCAUCGUGGACGCGUUUGGCAGCGUGGCCCCGACAGAGCUCAUCUACCUGGAGGACUCCCCGGACUACUGCAGGAGAAACACCAGCAUGGGGCUGUACGGGACCGAGGGCCGGGAGUGUGUGCAGCACGGAGAGGGUUUAACCCAGUGGGAGAGGCGUAGCUGCCGCAGGUUGUGUCAUGAAUGCGGCCUUAGGGUGGAGGAGAGGCGCACGGAGGUAGUGAGCAGCUGCAACUGCAAAUUCCACUGGUGCUGCACGGUGAACUGUGAGGACUGCUCUCAGGUUAUGAUCAAACAUGUGUGCGCCAGGAGGGAAGGUGCUCAUGGGCACGGCUUUAGACGGAAAUACCGUGGACCCAAGUGAAAAAGGAGCUCCUACAUCACAGUGACGUCUGUUAAAUAAGAGCCCAUAUUAAGAUGUUAAAUGUCUGCACUUCCCAUGUCUCCUUGUAUAAAUACUUGUGUCUAUUUAUGAAUAUUAUGUUUGUUUGAU